UGUGUGCUCUAUAUGUGUGGAGUGGAAUCUGCUCUGCGCACCGCUGUCACAUUCGGGACACCGAAGGAUUUAUCGUGUUCACGUGAAUGGGCCCUGUCGGUAUCCAUGGCAACAAGCGUACACAUGGAGUCAGCGUCACGUGCGGGAGUGAAGUAAACAAACAUCACAGCCGUCGUCUCUGUUGCUGUCUCGCCAGACCGAGAUCCUCCACUCCAGCCUGAUCUAGGAGGAGAUGCCCAGGUUCGAGGAGCUGGCAGCAGCCCCUCGUGUGACCUCUGACCCCGGCCGCCUCCUAGCCAAGCGCUACAUCUUGCGGCGGAAGCUCGGUCGGGGCGGUUUCGGCACCGUGUUCCUGGUGCGGGACACCAAAGCCAGGGACGGGGAGCCCCUGAAGGUGCUCAAGGAGAUCCCGGUGGGCGACCUGAAGCCCGACGAGACGGUUCCGGCCACCGUGGAGGCCCAGCUGCUGGCGCAGCUCCGGCACCCUGCGAUCCUCAGGUUUCACACGAGCUUCUUGGAGAGGGACGCCUUUUGCAUCAUCACCGAGUACUGCGAGGAUGGGGACCUGGACUGUAAGAUAGAGGAGCUGCGCCAAGCAGGGAGAACACUACCGGAGAGCCAGGUCGUCGAGUGGUUCAUCCAGCUGCUGCUGGGCGUGCACUACAUGCAUGAGAGGAGGAUCCUCCACAGGGACCUGAAGGCCAAAAACGUUUUCGUGAAGAAGAGCGUUCUGAAAAUAGGGGACUUCGGCGUGUCCCGUCUCCUCGUGGGGUCGUGUGACCUGGCCACCACCUUCAUCGGGACGCCGCACUACAUGAGCCCGGAGGUGCUCACCCAACAGGGCUACGACACCAAGUGCGACAUCUGGUCCCUGGGCUGCAUCCUGUACGAGAUGUGCUGCCUGGAGCGCGCCUUCGGUGGACGCAGCUUCCUGUCGGUGGUGACGAGCAUCGUAGAGGGCCCGACCCCGUCGCUGCCACAGCCGUUCGCCCAGGAGCUCUGCUCCGUUGUGCAGCGGAUGCUCAGCAAGGACCCAACGAGUCGACCGUCCGCUGAGGAGCUGCUCAAGGUGCGCUUCCUACAGGACAAGAUGCAGGACAUGAGGCUCAAGUUGUGUGAUGGUGCAGUGAAAGAGGAGACAGUGAUGAGCGAGAGGCAUGCAGCCCAGAUCAAGAAGGUCCACCUGGAGACCCUCCGCCAGAGGUCCGAGGUCCAGAAGAUGAGUCCCAGGGAGCGCAUGAGGCUGAGGAAGCUGCAGGCCGCUGACGACAAUGCCCGCGAGCUCAAAUGUCUCGCCGAAGAGAAAUACGCGGAAAACUGCCGGCGAACGCGGGAGCUCAGGUGGCAGCACUUCCAGAGGCUCAGUGUGGAUUUGCUCAGCGGAAAUGCCGAGACGGCGGCUCCCCGGACUCGGCCAAUCGCAGCGCAGGACAGCCCGUCUCUGGGACGACCGGAGUUGCUCGACGGACAGGAACCGGAGCGGCCGAGUGUGUCCGAGCUCACAGACAGCAGGAUUCCAGAGGAUGCCCAGACGGCUGAGGCCUAUUACAACGAGGAGGAGGAGGAGGGAAGCCUUGCAGAUGAGGAGCCCUCAGACACCCUCUGUGGUGCCAGUGGACAGGACAGUGAUGUGGAGGCCAUGAUGAAGUACAUGGAGAACAUUCUAGAGAACACCAGCAGUGGAUGCAGGAUGGUGCUGGAAUCAAACCUCCAAGGGCCACUUGGGCCCCCAACAGUGAACUACACCAUGGUGGAGACCAGAGUGGAGCGCAUGAGGCAGUUUGUGCGGGAGAAGCUGGGAGCCGAGGUCUUCCAGAGGGCCUACGACUACCUGAAGGAAGCCAGGAGGCGGCAGGAGAGCGAGGCGCAGGUGUGGGUCGUCCUGGGCGGCCUGGUGGAGAGACCCGGCGACUGCUUCCACGUGGACCAGCUGCUGUACUACGAGGAGCAGCUGGGGGGGGCGUGCGGCCCACACGCGUGACGGCAGACGUGGGCACACGUGUGUAACGUGUACAUGGCGAGUCGCACGCAAACACGGCGAUACACGCCUGUAUUUAUGCGCACAAUCACACGCACACGCACGCACACAGCUGUGGAAGAGCGGGGAGCACUGAUGCCGACUGAUGCGAUUACCGCGGUGAACAGACUCCCUACAGCCACCCCACCUCCACUGCUAAAAGCCAUUAGCAACAUAGUAAAGCAACGUAAUAAAGUAACGUAGUGAUAUAGUAAAGUAAUGUAGUAAAGUAACAGUAAAGUAACAGAAUGUAGGAAAGCAGCACUCAUGGAUGUAGAUUUUUCCUUCAUGAAUAACUUGAUGAGCACAACAGACACAGACUCUUCAUGCGGUAACACUGGUAGUACUGGUAAUUAUAGCGUGUGAGUGACAGAGAGAGACAGUGUGUGUGUUCCACUGAUGUAUGGAUGAGUGACCCAGUGUAAGUAGUGUAUCUAGCAGUGUAAGUCACCGCAGUGAAUGAGGUGUGUGGGCUGGUAACACUACGUAGAGUUCGUUGGAAGUCGCUUUGGAAAAAAGCGUCUGAUAAAUAAAUGAAUGUAAAUGUAGUGUGUUGAUCCACGGUUCAAACCCCACUGUACCCUCCUCACUGCAGUAACUGUACCUCUCAGUACAGUUAGAA